AUGGGGGAAGAAAAUUACACACCAGAUGGUUGCAGUAGCAGCUGUAGCAGUAGUGACACAAAGAAUCUGGAUUUUAGAGAAAUUCAAAAGGAAAUAAGCGAAUUUAAAAUUAAGCAAAACGAGACGUUCAAUUUUUAUCUAGACAGUAUUGACAAAUUGCUGGAAAAAGUUCAAAAGGCCAAAAAAAAUGUAGAAGAAAAAAUAAAAAAAAAAGACACCAUUAAGAUCGAAAGCGAUAAAAUGCGUGGAAAUGCAAAUGUGAAUGGCAGUAGUGCCCAGAUUAAUCUCAGCAGUGUGAAUAUAAGUGAGGAAAAAAACAAGUACGAUAUUAAGCAGCUGGUAAAAGACGUGAAAGAAUUGAAAAUUACAGAAAAGGUGAGUGAAGAAAAUAAAAAAUUUUACAACAUUUUGUUGUCAUCUUAUAGGGGAAUCAUAUCAUUGAUAAAACAAGAAACUCCAGAGAUUUUCAACAAUGUUAACAUAAAAAAAAGCGUUAUCCUUAGAUUAAUUCUACUGCACUUUUUGCAAAAGGGCGAUUUCUUUAUGUACUACGUGUUAAAUAAAGAAAUUCUGAAAAAAAAAAUGGAAAAGGAUACGUCUGUGGUGAGUAAAUUGGGCCAGAGUUCCGCCCCGAAUGAAAAGAUACAAUUGUUCAAUCAAGCAAAGGUGGCAGCCGAUGGGUUGAUGGCAGACGGCAGGAAUAGGCCAUCCGAAUGCUCCGCUAACAGUGGCGAUGGGAAAAAUGAGAAGGCGCAGCGGGAUGUCCAAUCGGGGCAGUCAACCUCGCGAAGGGGGGACGAGGCGUUGUAUAAUGGGAACCCAUUCCGGGGUGUGCCUGUCGAGGGGGGGAAAUCCCAAAAUGGUCAUCGAGCUGGUUCCCAAAAUGACGAUCGAGCUGGCUCCCAAGAUGGCCCCCCCUACUUCUUGCACACCAGUGAGGUCCCAGCGGAGAGUUGCCACAAGAAGGAGAAAAAAAAUCGCGAGGGACAGCAUUACACAGUCCUCCUUAACAACAUAAAAAAUGCCAAGUUCGUGUACUCGAAGAGUGAUCUAUUUUCCCAGCUGAAAAAAGAAUAUAUAAGCAAAAUAUCUUUUGAAAAUGACACAGAAAAGAUCGAAUUUGAGCAUGCAUUAAUUGAGAAAGAAAUAUUCGAGGGAUACACAAAACUACACAGGAUUUUGUACAACCUGAAGAGGUUCCAAGUGGACACGUGUAUCGAGUGGUACAAUAACUGUAGCGAAACGACGAGGAAGAAGUAUGUAAAGCUAAUUUAUUUACUACACUGUAUUAAUUAUUUAAUGUAUUCGAAGGAGGAUAAGGAGAAGGCACUUAGCUGCUUAAGGGACCUCAUGAUAAACUACAGUGAAAAUAAAUCGCACAUAUCGAGACUGAGCACUUUCAUUUGCAUCGUGUCCAUUCGAAGGUUUUCAAUUUUUUUAAGAGAGCUUUUAAUGAGGAGGGGAUCCUCAUCCGCGUGCCCAGGAAGGACAAGCGGGCCAGACAAAACCGUCAAAAUUGUGAAAAUUGUGAAAAGCGGCAAAAUGGUCCAAAAUGUCCAAAUUGUCCAAAUUGUCCAAAUUGCCCAAAUUGUCCAAGUUGCCCCAAUUGCCAAAAUCGUCAGAGGGAUGGCCUACCCCACGAUGGGACUACACAUUAUCGUGACAAUAAAGAAGGAACCAGUUUGAAUGAAAAAAAUAAAAACAAAUGAACACAUUUUGAAGAGAAAAAUAAAGAAAAAUAAAGAAAAUGUGAUAGGCAAAAAAUCCAAGAAGAAAAAAAAAAAAAAAAAAAAAAUACACACUGCAAGUAUGACACAUCAGCAGGUAUACGGCCUCAGCAACAAAAUCAGGAGUACUCAGGGGCCAUUAAUUCAUAACGAUAUAUAUAAAGAGAAAUACGUUCACUACGAUUCGGACGAUACGUAUGGCAACACAGGGGAGGAAGAAGAUGGCACUCUCCCGUUAAGUGAAACAUUUAUAGAAAAUCGAAUAGAUGAAUUUAUGAGAAACGAAAAGAGGAUGAGCAACCCAUUUUUUUACGACACAGAAGAUGAACAUUAUGUAAAUGGAGAGAGAUUGAUUUUGCCGGAUGUUAGAUACGCCAAUCUUGGAAGGAGAAGACACAGUGGCGGCGUUUGUGUGGGAAGAGCAAAGUCCCGUGGAGACAGCGAAGAGGACGACAAACUGAACAAAGGAUGGUAUAGCCACGUUUUCAAAUGCACCAAAGAUAUUUUUGUAGAAGUAAAUGCAGGAAAAAAUGAAUCCAAUUUUUCAAGGAAUGAAAAGGAAGAAGACCAAACGUGGAGGAACGAUUACAAUUACCAUCAUCGCAGAUGUAAGAAUGAGAAGAAGGAACCAGAAGAAGCUGUCUAUUUGUACGAAUUGAGCGAAAAUGAAUUUUCACAAAUGUACCAAAAUGAUAGUUCCUAUAUUACCUACAAAACAUUAAAGAAAGCAGCACAGUUUUAUGACCAUAAUGACACAAAAAUUCUGGAAAGCACAAAUAAAAAUUUAAAUAGUGGCUAUACAAACUUCCUAAAUGUCAGUAGCACAUAUUGUACAAGCAAUUCUUACUAUGAGAGGGAUUCUCAUUUAUGUUUUCUGCAGAGUAGAAGUAGUGAAUGUGUUAGCUUUUGCAAACAACCAAGUGGUUACUCUUGCAACAUCUCAGAGACACAUUCAUUUCGUGCGCUAACGAACUCAUGCUUUAUGAAAAAGCCAAACAGUUUGAAGAGGAAAUUUGCCAAGUGUAAAUUUUUAACACGUAAUGGGAAAAGUGAAAAGAUGAGCGAAAAAAAAAUAAAAAAAAUGGACACUACGUUAUCCUCCACUGAGGGUGCAGCCAGUGUGCAUUUAGGAGAUGCCGCACGUAGCGCAGCAUUAUUAUCACAGGAAGAGGAAAAAAAAAAUAGCAUAGGAGAAGAUAAAACUGCGAGUGUUACUAACCCUGCCAUCUGUGACAAACAGAAGGAAAACAAAAACACGAGGGGGAAAGAAAAAGAAAAACAAGACAACGAUGAUGAUGAUGAUGUAGUAGGUGACCUAAUCAACAGCAGUAGUGGUACCUUGUCAACAAAGGUUAAAAACGUUGAUGAAGAUUUUGAGUCGUUUAAGGAACAACUGGAGGGAGACACAGAGCAUUGGGCUAGCAGCUCACAAAGUAAUAAAACCCCCAGCUCGGAGAGAGCCUUGAUGGACUCAAGUGAGGACGACUUUCACUUCUCCACCUCUGCCAGUUCGGAUGAAAAUGAAAAAAAAGAUCUCAACAAAGUGAAAGAACAAGUAGAUUUGAUAAAAGAAGAUUUCAUAAAAAAAAACACUGCCAUUGCUUUGCUAAACACGAACAAUAUACAGGCAUACAAUAGGGCCAUAUUAGCUGCGAAAAACACGAGGGCAAAUAAAACUCCCACAGAUGUUAGCAGAAUUGUACUCACCCAUGCUUUAACCAAUAGAGAGAUGUACACACUGCAUAGCUCUCUAUCGAACUAUAAAAACAAUGCGGAGUUUCGACGUAUCUGUCUUAAGUGGAAAGCCAAGAAGGAAAAGCGAAAGGAGCGACUCAGAGGAAAGGGCAAGAGCAGUCGAAGCAAUGAUGAUAAGCAGAAGAGGAAAAAAAAGAAAAAAAAAAAAAAAAAAAAAAUAACAAAGGAGAGCAAAAUUGGUAAGCAGAAUAAGGGGGAGGAAAAUGAGAACAAGGAGGGAGAAAAGACAGGCACGUCCCAUGAGGGAGUGGAAGAGAAGAAAGAACAACAAAAUGUAGAGCAGUCACAAGUGGGGCAGAAUGUCCCAUCUGUAGAGGAAAGGCUUAAGGAAAACGUCGAAGUUGAGGAGAAAAUAAUUGCUCCAUCGAAUUCGAAUGCCGAGAAUCCCCCUUCUGCCGUGGCAGGAAAAGGCGCCGAGGAUUUGCCAACCCUGUCGAAAGGAGGGACCCUCCCCGAAAAUGCUCAAGAGCGCGAGCCAAAAAUGGAAGCAGAUGAAGUGGUUUUAUCUGAAAAAUGCGAAGAAGGAAAAGAACGUAAUGAUGAUGAGGUGCACACGAAGCAGGAGCGUAACAGCGAAUCUGCCGAAAAGGUAGAAGACUCGCAUGGUGCCUUAAGGGAAGAGGGAGUCAUUCCGGCAGGCUGUACGGACGAGACUAAGAACAACCCUAGUGGUGCUGGUAACAAUGCGGGCUAUGCUACGGCGCAGAGCGGGGAGGAAAUUCAACAUAAGGAUUCAGAAGCGAAGGUCGGAAAGGAUGAAAAAGAGAAUAGCGAGGAGGGAGCAGCGCACAACGAGGGGAUGGCGGCGGUAGAAUCGAUGGAGACGGUGGAAGCAGCAGGCCAAAGGACAGACCCCCCAGCAGAAGAACACCCCAAAGAUGAAGCAGUCGAAAGGCAGAAUUUGCGGAAGGAAAACGAGGCAGGCGCAGGAGAAGAACCAGACGAAAAGGAUCCCCCAAAGGAUCACCCAAAGGAUGACUCAAAGGACCAUCCAAAGGACCUCCCAAAGGACCACCCAAAGGAUGACUCAAAGGGCGGAGAAAAGGUGAAGCGCAAGGAAAACGCCGAGGCAAAAGUCAGGAAGGAAAAGAAGGGAGUUUUCUUGGGGUCCUACAAAAAGAACUUCAAAAAGAGGAGGUAUGACCCCAAUUUUUUUUACGACGAAAAGAUGGAAGUCAAAAUGAAGAGAAAUAAAAAUGAGAAAAGUGACAAGGUCGCUAAGAGUAAAAAAGACGGUUGCGGUUGCUUCAGGAGCGCCAAGUGCGCAGCAGGUAAAAAAGGACCUCGUAGAAGAGGCCGAGACAGCGACAGCAGCGACAAAGGCAAGAAGAAAAAAGACUCGAGCAAAAAGGACAAAAAAAAAAAUAAAGAGAAAAAGAAGAAAGACGACAAUAAAGGAGAGCCACAAGAUAGUAAAGACCCCGGAAAGGAUCAGAAUAGCGGAAGUUGUGAGGACGCCAAAAUUGAGAAGGGAAGGGAAAAGAGCUGCAAGGAGAAAAAGGUUUAUAUCCACUUGGAGAGCCCCCUAUCCGUUCUGGUGUGCGGAGGACUGAUUUCCUCGAAGAAGCUUAUAGAGGCCCAGGCCAUCCUGAAGGAAAAUAACAAAAGACUACAGGAGGCGAAAAACAGCUCUUCCCUAACUUUUGCGAGCGAGAGAAAUGCAGACAAAUGCUUUGACAAAUUUGGGAAGGAGAAAAAUAAAAAGAAAAAGGAGAAUGGCGCUCUCUUUUCAAACUCCCUGGCGGUAGAAGUCGAUUUGAGUGGAUGCUUUUUUUUCCACUCCUCCUUUACCUGUCCCAUUAGUAGGGACAAAUCUUCCAAGGAUAAUCCGCCCUACGUGCUGAGAUGCGGACACGCCAUUUGCAAGAGCUGCGUGGACAAAAUUCACGCGCAGAGGUCCAGACAGUUCAAGUGCCCCAUGUGCCCGCAGUACCUGCAUUUAAUAGAGAUAAUUCCGCUGUACUUUAACUAG